AUGAGAGAUACAAUAUCAGUGAUAUCUUCAACACAAAAUAAAAUAAAUAAAAAGCGUCAAAAUUCUAAACAAGCUUCACAAUCACGAAUUAAUAAGUUAAAAUUAUCUUCAACUACUGUUGACGAUCGAAUUUCUAUUGAAAAAAAUCAUUUUAAAUACGAACAAGCAUCAAAAGCAAUUCCAAUUUUAGCUCAAGCAUUUGCAAACGGAUUUUUUACUGAAGUAAAUUGUCGAAUAUUACCUGAAACUUUACUUGAUCAACUUGCACAACAAGUUUAUCAAUUUGUUCGAAAGCAAGAUGAAUUAAAUCGUUCAUUAAUAUUAAAUAGAUUUUUUGAAGAAGCUCUUCUCAAUGAAUAUGUUAAUAAAAUUUAUGUUGGUGACUUUGAAGAAAAUAAAAUAAAAACAAAAGAAAUCAAUUCGAUGCAUAUUAUUUUAUAUAAAACAAAAGAUGAUUAUCCAUUGAAUCACGAAAUUUCAAUUGAAGGAGAAAAACAAAAGUUAGCUUGUCGAUGGUCAUUACCUCAUUAUCAAUUUGAAUCACUUUGGGAAACUCUUGAAUUUGAUUUACCAUUAAAAUCUCAAUUAAUGCAAUAUGUUUUUACUGUUAUUAGAUUUGACAAAGCGAAUAUUGAUAGAACUGUUAUUCAUUGCAAUCAAACAAUUCUUCUCUAUGGACCACCUGAAAAGCGAGUUUUAGGCUGUGGUAAAACAACAUUAUGUAAAGGAUUAGCACAAAAAGUAUCAAUAAGAAUGAAAGAGCUAUUUUCAAGAUUUUAUUUUUAUGAAUUAAAUGCUGGAUCACUAUUUUCAAAAUGGUUUUCUGAAUCAUCUCAUAAUUUAUCACGAUUUUUUGAUGACAUAACACGAAUAUGUUAUGACCCAUUAACAUUUGUUAUUAUUCUCAUUGAUGAAAUUGAAUCAUUAUCGAUAUCACGAAUAUCAUCAUUAUCAUCAAAUGAACCAUCAGAUAUGUUACGUGUUGUUAAUACACUAUUAACACAAAUCGACCGUUUAAAAUCAUUUUCAAAUAUUCUUAUAUUAACAACAUCGAAUCUAAUUGAAAUAAUUGACCAAGCUUUAAUUGACCGAUCUGAUUUAAUUUUAUUUAUUGGGCCACCAUCGAUAAAAACAACAUUUCAUAUAUAUCGAGCUUGUUUUCAAGAAUUAAUUGAAAAAAAUCUUAUUUAUUCGUCUUGUCAAUCGGAUGAAUUAAAAGAUAAAUUAUGGAACUUAGCUAAGUUAAGCCAAGGACUUAGUGGAAGAACGUUAAGAAAAUUACCGAUGAUGGCUUUUUCACAUAUUCAACAAAUUGAUCAUUUUAUUUAUCCUGAACAACUUUUUCAAGCUAUGCAUCAACAAUUAAUCUAUCAUAAAAAUACAAAUAAUUAUUUGCAACAAUUUAAUAAUCCAUAA